AUGACCGUUGACCUGGGCCUCAAAACUCCUGCAACUCCCAAACCGACACCUGCCGUUCCUCUCUUCCAGAAGAAUACCAAUAAACGCUGGCCCCCGAUGGCAAACCGAAACGCCCUCCCCUAUAAGCUCACUGUCAUGUCCAAGGAGAAGCUCGCGCGUGAAGCGACGGCCCCCGACCCCGAUCUCCGCCGCUGUGUAGCUCAUUUCCGUCUACACUGUGGCUCAGUGAUGUGGACAGAGAAUGACAUGAAGUCUCGCAUGAGCUCGUUUGAGUUCGAAGAGACCGACGAAGAAGACGAGAACGACCGCCCCGAAGAGAAGGAAUCCUUCGACUCGCCUCAGACCACCAUGGUUCGCGUGGAACUCACUGAGCCAGUCUCGGAUGCCUCUACCAUUGCAAUUCCUCCAUCUCUGUCUCCCGAGAAUGCUCUCUUCGACCAAAGUCACUGCAUUGAAGUGACUUCCUCCAAGGAGAAUUUCUGCUGCAUCUCGGUGACCCCCAUCGCCGGCUAG